AUGUCGACCGUCAACUCCUUCAAGAUGGACGUGGACAGCAUGUGCAACGACGAUCGGUCCACCCGCGCCACCAGUGUUCUAUCAAUGGAUGACAUAGAGGCCGCUCAAGCUCUGGAGGGCCUUCGAUCGGAAUUCACCCAUUCCUCCCCCUCCUCACGCAGUACCAACCGUCUAUCGACAUCCAGCCUCCCUCCCUCAGAUUCUCCCCAGCAGCCUGAACCCCUCCUGUCACUGCUGACCUCGUCUCACCCCCUGCUUUCAUCUGCCAUCAACAGCUCCAUGUCCGUCUAUUCCUCCUCCAAAUCAUACUCCCCUCGGUUUCGAUAUGGCGCCGAGUUUAUAGAGCGCAAUAUCGGAGCCCCCGUUGUCAACACCGUUGGAAACGUUGGAAAGAGAACCGGCGUUGAAGGCGGCCUUCGAUGGGUACUUCAACGACGGGAUACCCAGAACGGACGCCCGACAAAUCGGCCAGCACGUACCGCCCGUAGAGAACUUCCCGAAGACUCAAUGGAUAUGGAAAGAUCGCAGACUGGACCUCGACCCACCCAUACGCGGCGAUCUUCUGGUCUUUCAAGUGUUGAAACGUUGCCACCCUACGAUACUUAUUCAUCGCCGAAUUACGAGGAUUUGGCAACUCUGGAUAGAAAACUUAUCAAUAACGCUCCUACUUCGAACCAAACCUGGCAGAGCCGUUUAAUGAUCUCGACAUCUGGUUUGGGAGUUGCAAUGAGCGACGAAUCACUUCGCAGCUUAACCUACUGCUUGAAAUGGUUGCAAUGGGCAAAUACCCGCCUAGGCAAUUCUAUAGUGACUUUGAAGCAGGUACUGGAAGAAUGGGAUGAAUCCAGGGAGCAGUUAUCAUCCGGUGACUCAAGCAACCCAGAGCACAGACCUAGAAGUCCGACAGCUCUUUCGCAACAGAUUCAACAAGUCAAACAGGAUGUUCUCCAAACUCUCAAGCAAGUCGUCGACGUGGUCUCAAAGUACGCAGGCGGUGCUCUACCAGACAAUGCGCGAAAUCUUGUGCGCCGGCAUCUUACGUCGUUGCCCCAACGGUUCAGACUGGCAUCAUCUUAUACGCACAGGCCGGGAGACUCGCCGGAUGCGCAAACCGACACGACCACCACUAGCGCCCACCGUGUAUUGGUUCUCGCCGAGGAGGGAUUGGACAUGAUGGCACAAGUUAGCAGAGUGGUAAACGACACUCUUGUCAGCGCCGAGAGUUGGUGCGAGAGGUUGCGGAGGCCAAGACCAACGGCCGAGUCUAACGAGCCCGAAGAGCCCGCAAGAGCUCAAUUAGACGUGAAAGAGCCUCUAAAAGCACCAAUGAAGUCAGGCGAUGUGGAAAUGACAGGAAUGGAUGAAAAGGUCUAA